GGAGAGCCGUGGUCCUCCGCCAAGUUGGCUCACACGUCAGAGAGAAACCUGUACUGGUGAGCGGACGUGUGCUGUCGGCGUCAGGCGGUUCCCGGAUGCGCGGAACACAAACAUGGACCGUGUGGUGGUGGAGGUCCCGAUCGGCAGCGUGCCCCGAAAGCGUCAGGUGCGUUUCUCCGCGAGGCACGACAUCAUCCUUCUAAGAGAGGUUAUCGCCCAGAACCCCUUUGGUUCCAAAGAGCCAGGGCGGAUGUGGGCCCGUGUCGGGGAGAUCAUCACCGCAGCCCUCCAGGAGGAGAACUUUGAGGUAGAUGCCAGGAGAUGUAGGGAGAGGACCAUGUUGCUGCUAGACUACUACAAGAAGCAGGAUUUCCCCAGUCUGCGCAGGUUUGGAACAGAGAAGUUGUAUGCUCAAAAGGAAGAUUUGCUCCACGAGGUGUUGGAGCUAGAGGCUGAGAAAGGGCUGCUGGUCAGUGGCAACGGCACAAAGUACCAGGAUGAAGAGCGAAGGAAUCAUCUCAUAGAAGAACUGACUCUGUCAGAACCAGACAAACCGGACAUCACACGGAUCAUGCCACCUGCAGUUACAGAAGCAGAAGACGAGCGGGAGCACAUGGCGGAGCUUUCGGAGGCGCCCACAGCCAAGCGGCCGUGCCAGUGUUGCUGCCAGACCUACUCAGAGAUCUUGAGCUUUCUGGAGAAACGCUCGGAGGCGGAGCAGCGGCUCCGGGAGGAGGAACUCUCUCUGCGUCGAGAGGAGCUGGAGAUUCAGAGGAGUAAGAUUGCUCUGGAGAGAGAACGUCUUGAAGCGGAGCGAAACGAAAGGGCGCGGAGAUUUGAGCUGGAGAGCCAGGAGAGGCAGGUCAUUUUGGACCUGCUGAAGGAUAAGGUGCUGAAAGGCUGAAAACGAGAAGGCAGCACCUGCAGCGUGUCUGGGUGGGAGGGAACAUGGAGAGUGGCGCGAGCUGCGGUGAAGAGGAAGGACGACGAUAAAACUAGAAGUGGGAGGAUGAAAGAGAGGAACAGUGAGCCGAGAUUUUAAAAGAGGUCGGGGCUGUUCUGUUGCCAUGGCCUCUCUGAACGUAAGUAGUUAGCUAAAGUACUAUACAGUUGCUACAGGAAGUUGCUCAUGUUUCAAAGUGAUAAACCGAGAGUUUUUAUCACAGCGCUGAGAAAUCACAGACAGAAAACUGGACAAAGUUUCUGCGCACACACAUCUAUGUAAUGUGUCGGAUUUGUGGACAAGAGCUGGAGAUCUCUCAAUGCAAGAAGGAGCUGCUGAAUCAAGGUGGAAGUCUUCUGCCUUUUUACUUCCAGUGGUAGCCAUAUUAAUAUGAAGACACAAUAUUUGUGUUACCUGUUGCUGUUCACACUACUCUGGAACCCCCCUCCCCCCUCAGUGCUUUGCUCUCAAAAUGGUCAGAGAUGCUGGUCCUCUGGUAAAUGAGAGACUCUCUUAAUAUUCUCCAACAUGAGUUUUCUAACAGGUCCACUGUGGAUGCUGUUUCCUUUACUCUCCAUUCUAUCUUCAUGCACAUUAAAAAAAUACUUCCACCCAGUGAAGUUGGGUGUAUACUUCUACUAAUAAACAUUUUUAGAUUCACUGUGAAAUCUCUCCGGGUGUCCCUCAGGUUAGUGAGCUUAUACCCCUGCUGAUUACUCUUAACGCACAUUACUGUGUACCUGCACAUACAGCACCUGCCAAAACUAUUCUUACCCUUGGAACUUUUCUACUCUCACAGGAAGCAUCCAUGUACGUUUCGCUUUCUUGACACUUCUGUUAAAUCACCUAAGACAUAGCACCAAAUCGGACCAACUAAAGGCAGCUGGGAAUCCCUAUACCACAGGAAUAAACACACAGAAUGUUCAGAAAG